UGAACCUCGCGUCUCUUCCGCAACGCGUCAAGCACCCCUCCUGAAAACUUCAAGACAGCCACGCACUCCUCCACGCUCCGAUAUUCCUUCACGCAACGAUACGUAUACCGGUCAAGCUCGUCUUACCGAGGAACCUAUUCCUACUACAAGUGACGGGCUUCUUCUAAUAAGGAAGUCGUCAUUCAGACCUCUCCAAUCGACAUACUGAGGGGCAUCCUCGUCGGAUUACGAGCCACGAUCCAGAGCAGCAGCAAUGCCACCUAAGCCCUUCAAUCCUCCAAGACCAACAUCCAAUGCCCCCUUACCAGGCGCAAAACCGCGUGGCCGCCCGAAGGGCUCCACGAACAACCCCUCCACAACAACAAAACGCAAGUCUGCGAAUACGCUUGAGAAGCCCUCGAAAUCCAAAUCCAAAACAACUACCAAAGAGAAGGAGAGAGAAGGGACAAGCGGUUUUGGGAGACCGCGUGUCUCAAAUGCAAGCACGGUGUUUGAUGUAGCCAGUAGUGACGAAGACGAGGACGAUGAGGAAGAGGAUACAGAGAUGGGCGAUGGAGAAGAUGUAGCAGAAGACGACGACGAUCCAUUCUCAAGCCAGCCAUUACCAGCCACGGCUUCAGCACGUCGGAAGUCCUCUUCAAAAGCAAACGGCGAUUCUCAGCAAGAAGCCGGCGCAGGUCUAAUAUCUAAUCGGCAAACCUCCAUCCCACCCGACCUCAUCAAUGUCCUCCUGCACGGUUUCUUCCAGCAUGAUAAUACGCGUAUGAGUAAAGAUGCCAAUGCGGCUGUAGGAAGGUAUAUUGAGACUUUUGUUAGGGAGGGUUUGACGAGGGCGGAUUAUUGGAAGAAGCAUGGCUGGGAGGAGGGCGGUGUGAAUGGAUAUUUGGAUGGCACAGAGGUGGGAGGAGGGGAUGGGGCGUAUCUUGAAGUGGAAGAUUUGGAGAGGUUGGCGCCGCAGUUGAUUUUGGACUUUUGACGAAGAUACGGGAAUGUGGAGUUGUACGAGUGGGAAAUUUAUGGAGGUGGUACUGGGCUAGGUUCAAAGCAAUUUGGGUGUUUGUAGUCUAGUCGGAUAUGUCACUUUUGAUUGAGAUGACUUUGAAACUUAUCAUUUGGUGUACUGGGGGCCUUUCAUCUUAUAAAAAAUCGGGGUAAACGUCAAUUGCGAUCGGUCGUUGAGAGUUAGUCUGCCUGGUAGCCUGUCGAGUACGUACAGUAAAGGUCAUACUUUAUGUCCCACUGCAUGUGAAAGCUACGGAUACACAGCAAUCAG